UUCAAUGACUCAAAAAAUGGAGGAUGAAGAAGCAUCAAUGGAGGACAUAAUCGAUAAAAGAGAAGAGUUGAUGGUUUCACCAGGUGGAAGCAGCCCAACCAGGAGAAUAGCCUAUUUUAUAAAACCUUGUGCAAGCUCCAUCCAUGGCUGUGAUUUACUACCUCCCUUUACCUCUAACCAUGCAAAUGUAGCUCAGGAAGUGAGAUAUCAUGGAUGGAGAAUGCCACACAAAAAAUGGAAAACAUGGGUACAGAACAUGCAACUCAGGUAUGGACAUAUAUGGAUAAAAGCUGGCAUACACCAUGCAAUCAAAGCCUCUACAUAUGAGAUCAACAGGAAUGAUGAAUUGAUUCUUGCUCUUGCACAAAGAUGGUGUUCCAAGACCAACACAUUCAUCUUCCCUUGGGGAGAAGCAACCUUGACAUUGGAAGACAUGAAAGCUUGUUGGGGUUACUCUGUCAUGGGAGGUUCUGUUUCUAGUCCUCUUGAAACCACUGAGGAGAAGGAAAUAGAAGCAAAGCUGAUUGCAUUGAGAAGCAUGUUUAUCAAAUCUAGAGCUAAAAAGGCAACUCAGACCCAAUGGAUGAAGCAUUUCAUGGACAAUGAAAGCCAAUUGGAGCAUGAGGGUUUCUUAUCUAUGUGGUUGUCAAGGUUUGUUUUUCCUGCUAUAUCAGAAGACACCAUUUUGAAAUCUGUUUUUUCUAUUGCUGUGCAUUUAGCAAGAGGGACUAGAAUAGCUCUAGCACCUGCAGUUUUAGCUAGUAUUUACAGGGAUUUGAGUUUACUGAGCAAAAGUGUGAGAAGUGCUGCAACAAUGAAGUUGAGAGUCACACUGUGGGCUCCUUUUCAGCUGGUCCAAGUGUGGGCUUUGGAGAGAUUUCCAGCACUGCAGCCAAAUCCAUGUCCAGUUAGGCAAGGGCAACCCAUAAUGGCUAAAUGGGACAGAGUGAAAAUGCUGAAAAAGAACAACUUGAAUUUGAUUCUUGAUGAUGCUGGGAGUAGAAAUGGCUUUCUGUGGCGUCCAUACCAAAAUUCUCCACCCCUUUACCUUUAUAAUGAAAAGGAUAUGUGGAUGUGUGAUAACCCAUGUUUUGAUGAUGAGUUGCAAGCGUUUAGUCGAUGUUUGAGGGUUUCUGAACUAGUAGGUAUGGGGUGUAUAGAGAAUUACCGACCAAAUCGGGUUGCUAUGCAGUUUGGCAUGGAUCAAGACAUUCCUGGAGUGGUUGAUCCUAGUAACAAGGAUCCUUGGAUGAGCUAUAGCCAACCAAUCAUGGAUAUAAAUUUGUGCCCUGCAUUAUGUUCCUCCCAACCAAAGGUUACUUCUAGGUACUACAACUGGUGGAAGCAAUUGAAUUCAGGCAAGGAAGGAGAUACAAUGAAAGGCCAUGAUCAUUGUCUGAUAAGCAAAAACAGCUCACAGCAUUUGUCACCAGCUUUAACUAGGGAGGUAAAAUGUGAUUUAUCUUUUGGCCCACUUCCUGAUUUUACUUGCAAGUUUGGAACAUGUCAAGUAGGGAAUUCUGGGGAUAAUUCUGAGGAUAUUGUUGCUGAUAUGCAAGGAGAAAUUGUGAGUGUAGUACCAUUUAAUCUUGAAAACCGGAUUUUGAAGCUAGAAACAGUGAUUGCUAAGCAUAAAGAAGCAAAAUUUGGCUCUAAAGGUUGAAAUAAAUCCAUAGUACUUGUUGGUUUUAAUUACAGACCAAUAAUUUUUUGUUGAUACAGAACCUACUUCAUAUUUCUGCUAACUCAUUGUCUAGUCACUUUCAUCAGUUGUAAUCAGCAGUAGGUAAAUUAAUGUGAAGGUCUGAA